ACGAGCUACAUCUUCAACGGCGACUUUGUCGACCGAGGCUUGCAUCAGCUCGAGGUGGUCGCGAUCUUGUUUGCGCUGAAGCUCAUGUACCCGGAGCGCGUCUACUUGCUCCGCGGAAACCAUGAGUUUCGUGACAUGAACGAGAAGAUGGGCGAGGACGGCUUCCUCUCCCACUGCGAGAGCAGGCUGGGUGCCGUCACGCCCGGCCGGUGGGGUAGGAUUUACGACGCGAUCCAUGCGUCCUUUGACUUGCUACCCUUGGCGGCCAGAAUCGGGGGCGCCGUCCUCGUCCUGCACGGCGGCGUC